GCAGAAGCAACAGCGCUAUAAAGAAGAAAAAACUGCGAAUUGUGGGAGGCGUUUUUGUGUAAAAUGGCGUCUCUAACAACCGCUCUGUCAUGGAGUUCUUCCGUGGUGGAUAUGGGUCUUCCGAAUAUUGGUGGGAACUUCGAAGAAACUGCCAAGUUCUCUUAUGGAAGGUCUGCCAUGGUGGUUGUGGCCCAGAAGAAAGCUACCAAGUCCCGCAAGAUAAUUCUGAAGGAGGAUGUGGCGGACCUGGGAAAGAAAGGGCAACUUAUUGAUGUGAAGGCAGGGUACUACAGAAACUAUCUGUUCCCUUUGGGCAAGGCCCAGAUUGUUACUCCAGUUCUGCUCAAGGAAAUGCGGAUGGAGGAGGAAAGAAUUGAGGCUGAGAAGAAACGGGUAAAAGAGGAGGCACAGCAACUUGCUAUGAUAUUUGAAACUGUUGGAGCUUUCAAGGUGAAGCGGAAAGGUGGAAAAGGAAAACAGAUUUUUGGAACUGUUACAGCACAGGAUCUUGUCGAUAUUAUCAAGGCACAACUUCAGAGGGAUGUAGACAAGAGGAUUGUUUUUCUUCCAGAGAUUAGGGAAACAGGAGAAUAUAUUGCAGAGCUGAAGCUUCACCCUGAAGUUUCUGCCAGAGUGAGAGUAAAUGUUUAUGCAAACUGAAAUUGUUUCCAGAUUUUACAAGUUCAUGUAGCAGCCACACCAUUUUUCCAAAGGUAGUUUCUUUAUAACAUUUUUACUCAGUUUUUCUCAAUCAUAUUCUCUCAAACUGCCCAUUUUUUGUGGUAUUUUUCCGUCGUAAACCCGCAUUCCAAACAUAAACAUGGUUGCUUAAUUUUGAGUUACACAAGCCUAUUUCGUGAGGUCGGUAUUUUGAAUCUCAAGAGAAAGUGAUGGAGAAAUCAAAAUGGUACCAUUUUUUGUUCAA